AUGGAAAGCUUUACCAUUUCUACUAGUGUUCCCUUUGAUGGUCUGCUGGUGACUGGCCUCUACACGUCCACACCAGUCCAGUCUGCUCCCAUUCCUGCCCCAGCUGCGUUUGGAUUUGGUGUUAUACCAGAUCGACAGUUCACUGGAACCCAGUUUGUCUGCAGUGUUGUGGCUUCUCAUGUGAGCCAUCAGCCCUCCACCAGCUUCAGUUUUGUUUGGAUCGCCCCACCACCUGGCACUGGCUGCGUCAAUUUCCUAGCCACAGCAACACAUCGAGGACAGAUCAUUUUUAAGGAUGCACUGGCCCAGCAGCUCUGUGAGCAAGGAGCUCCAACCGAGUCCCCUCUGCGACCCAAUCUCAUGGAGCUCCAUGCGAAGCAUGCUGUGCUACGAGACGACUUUGACUCCAACAUGCAAGAUGAGUUGGACCCUAACGUAUGGUCAGACUGCAGUAACUGUGAGGUCGGAGAUCAGUGUGGUGUGCUGAUGCAUGGCAGAGCGGUGACUUUCUGUGAGCACUUUGGAGAGCGAGAGCUGACCACUGUACCUCUGAACACCAGCACUGCCUCAGCUCUGCAGUUUGCACUAGGCUCGGGUUCCUGCCGGUUCAGUUACUCUGAUCCCAGCAUCACGGUGUCAUACAGCCUGAGUGGCAAUGCAAACACCUCUGAUGACUGGAUCACGCUGGAAAAGAUCAGAGCUCCUACCAAUAGCAGCACCGUCAUCCAUCUGGUUCCGCUCCCGCAUUCCUCCAGAGGCGAAGGCAUCCGUCUCCGCUGGUCUCAGGAGACCCCCCAUGGGCCUGAAGGAUAUGAGUCCUGUUGGGGGCUAGACAAUGUGCUGCUGGUAAAUUCUGCCCACAGAGUGCCCCUGAUUGAGGACAACCUGGAUCCCCUGGACACAGCAAACUGGCUCUUCUUCCCUGGAGCCACCAUCAAGCACGCCUGUCAGUCAGAUGGCAAUGCGUUGUAUUUCCAUGGCGGUGAAGGAGUCGUCCAUAGUUUUGCUUCGACCAGAGACAUCGAUUUGCACCGAGAAGAGGGGAGAAGCUACUGGGAGGAAGACUUUGAGUCCCCACCUUUAAACUGGGAUAUAGAAGGAGCAACAUACGGGACAAAGUGUGGAGAGAUUGAGUCAGGUGAGGCGCUGGUGUUUGAGAAGGAGGGUCGAAGAAGAGUGUGUACCCCCUACCUGGACACCACAUCUUAUGGGAACCUCCGCUUCCACUUUACCAUGGGUGGUGGUGACUGUGAUCCAGGGGAGUCACAUGACAAUGACGUGAUUUUGUUUGGAAGGUCUGAGGGCAGGAGGGAACGUUUGAUUCUCGAUACGCUUCCGUAUUCAUCUUACAGGACUCCUUCGGUAGUAUCGGUCGCGCUGCCAUCUGAGCUUCAAACACCGGUCACACAGUUCUGCUUGGAGCAGCGUUCCCAUGGAGGCGCUAACCGUCAUGUGUGGGCCGUGGAUUUUAUGCAGCUGCUUCCUGUGUUGCCUGGCACACACACGCAUGUUGCCCAGUUCUCCAUAAACCUUGGCUGCGGCUCCUACCAGCCUGCAAACAGUGUGAGUCUGGAGUUUUCUACCAAUCUUGGUCGUUUCUGGUCUCUGCUCCACACUGAGUGCCUGCCUGAGCUCUGUGCUGGGCCACAUCUACCUCACAGCACCAUCUACUCCUCAGACAACUACAGCGGAUGGACCAGAAUCUCCAUCCCUCUGCCCAAUGCUGCCUUAACAGAGACGACACGCUUUCGCUGGAAGCAGUCCGGCGCUGGAACAGGCAACAUGUGGGCCAUAGACAACGUUUAUAUUGGGCCAGCUUGUCUUCGUUUCUGCUCUGGAAGAGGACAUUGCUCCCGCACAGGCUGCAAAUGUGACCCGGGCUUCAGCGGUCCAGCUUGUGAGCUUGCAUCCCAGACCUUCCCUGCUUUCCUUUCCGAAGGUUUCUCCAGCCCCCGUCUCUCCUCCUACCACAGCUUCUCCUCCCUGCGCGGGGCUGAAGUCAGCUUUGGCUGCGGAGUGCUCGCCAGCGGAAAGGCUCUGGUCUUUAACAGGGAUGGCAGGAGACACUUGGUCACUGCACCGCUUGACAGUUCCCAAGCCAGAUACCUCCAGUUCACUCUGCGCCUUGGUAGCCGCAGCAUCCUGAGCUCCUGCCCUGCUCCUGACCAGCCAGGCGAAGGUGUUUUGUUGCAUUAUUCUUCAGACAAUGGCAUCACCUGGACGCUGCUGCGGCACUAUGCAUACCAAGGCUUCCACGAGCCAAGGAUUGUGUCAGUCGAGCUUCCAUCUGGUGCUCGUAAGUUUGGGGUGCAGUUCCGCUGGUGGCAGCCAUACCAUUCGGGACGUGGCCACGAUGUUUGGGCUUUGGAUGAAAUCAGCAUGACCUCUGUUCUGUUCAACACCAUCAGUCUUGACUUCAGCAACGUGCUUGAUGUCACUCAGAGUCUGGGCUUUUAUCUUGGCAAUGUGCAGCCGUACUGCCAGCAUGACUGGACUCUCAGUUUCUCCGGCGAGCCUAGUCCUGGCUUUAGCAUCCGUUAUGUGGAAACACAGUCAAUGCAAAUCGGCGCCUCCUACAGUCUGCAGUUCUCCUUGGUGAUGGGUUGUGGCCGUGAGCCGUCACCUCACAUCGACACCCAGGUCCGUCUGGAGUUCUCCACCAAUCACGGCCUCACCUGGCACCUGGUCAAGGAGGCCUGUCUACCUGGCAUGCCGAGCUGUUCGGAGUUUACAGCUCCCAGUGUUUACCAUCCCUCAGAGUUCAAAGACUGGAGACGUGUUACGCUUUCUUUGCCUCAGAAGACGUGGUCGAGUGCCACCCGAUUCAGAUGGAUCCAGAAUUACUAUGGAGAGCAAGACGAAUGGGCCCUGGAUGACAUCUACAUCGGCCAGCAGUGUCCCAACAUGUGCCAUGGACAUGGGUGGUGCGACCACGGACAUUGCAGGUGUGAUGACGGGUUCUCCGGACAGGACUGCCAGCCAUCGUCCCCACUCUCCUCAAGUGUCCUCUCAGACUUUGAGUCCCAAGACGCACUACUAGCCACGUGGCAGGAGGUGAUUGGUGGAGAGGUGGUGGCAGCUGACAUGGGCUGUGGGGUUGUCUCAUCUGGAUCAUCCCUCUACUUCAGCAAGGCUGGGCUGAGGCAGCUGGUGAGCUGGGAUUUGGAUACAGAAUGGGCAGAGUUUGUUCAGUUCUACCUACGGGUUGGAGGAGACUGGGCAGAGUGCAACCAGGCAGACAGCAGGGAGGAAGGAGUCCUUCUGCAGUACAGCAACGAUGGAGGAAUCAGCUGGGGUCUCAUCGCUGAGAUGUACUUCACAGACUUCACCAAACCUCGAUUUGUGCAUUACGAACUUCCCCUUGCUUCUAAAACACCCUCCACCCGGUUUCGCUGGUGGCAGCCUCUUCAUUCUGGGGAAGGGUACGACCAAUGGGCAAUCGAUGACGUCAUCAUUUUGUCUGAGAGAGAGAAACACAUUAUCCCAAUGGCCAAUCCAACUCUGCCGCAGAACUUUUAUGAGAAGCCGGCUUUUGACUACCCUCUGAAUCAGAUGAGUGUUUGGUUGAUGCUUGGCAAUGAAGGCAUGGAGAGGGACAACAACAAUAGUUUCUGUGCUCCGACUCCUUCUGCCAUGGUGUUUGGACGCUCCGAUGGAGACAGGGUGGCUGUUACAAGGGACCUGGCCCUCCGCCCUGGUUACACCCUUCAGUUUAAGUUAAACAUAGGCUGUGAAUCAGAAUUCAGCGCCUCUGCCCCGGUCCUGCUGCAAUACUCCCAUGAUGCAGGCAGAACAUGGGCUCUGGUCCGAGAGGGCUGUUACCCUGGAACCCCAGGAACAGGCGUCUGUGAAGGCAGCGGCCGUGAGCUGAGAGAACCCACCAUCUACAACACCGGGGACUACGAACAGUGGACCAGGAUCACAGUGGUCAUACCGCGGAAUGUUGCAGCCAGUAAAACCAGGUUCCGUUGGUUCCAGGAGAGCAGCGUUUACCGAGAUGCACCCCCAUUUGCUUUGGAUGGAGUCUACAUUUCCGAGCCCUGCCCCAACCACUGCGGGGGACAUGGAGACUGCAUCUCUGGCGUCUGCUUCUGCGAUAUGGGGUACACAGUGGAGCAAGAUAGUUGUGUUCCGUCUGUAGUCAGUCCCACAGAGCUGACGGAGGGCUUUGAGGGGAAACUGAGUCCUCUCUGGCAGAGCAUAAGCGGGGGGCAAAUCGGGGGCGGCUGUGGCAUCAUUAGCGAGGGAAAAGCUCUCUACUUCAGCAGUGCUGGAAGGAGGGAGGCACGAACAGACCCUCUAGACACCACCAACACACGGCUGGCUCAGUUCUACAUCCGAAUCGGCAGCAAAAGUUUAGGACCCACCUGCACCAGGCCACGCUCCCGCAAUGAAGGUGUCAUUGUCCAGUUUUCCACCAAUAACGGCAUCCAGUGGCAGUUCCUGAGAGAGUUGGACUUCAGCUCCUUCUUGGAACCUCAGGUGGUCACCAUUGAGCUUCCACCUUCAGCAAAAACUCCAUACACAGUGUUUCGCUGGUGGCAGCCACAACAAGGAAAGCACUCUGCUCAGUGGGCUCUGGACGACGUGCUGAUUGGUAUGAAUGACACCUCCAGAACAGGUUUCCAUGACAAAUUUGAUGGCACCACCCCUCUGAGGCACAACUGGUACCGUAUUCAGGGCGGGGAGGUGACUGUGGACUGCUUGUCUCUGGACCCUGCUCUCACUUUCAACUCUGAGGCUAUUGAUAAAAAACCAAGAUAUGCAGAAAGUUGGGACUUUGAGGUGACCGGCUCCUCCUUCCUCCAGUUUGAGCUGAGUAUGGGCUGCAGUAAGUCCACGUCCUUCUCCCACGGGGUCCGAUUGGAGUAUUCAACAGACUGCGGUCGCCACUGGACUCUUAUUACCCCUGAGUGCGUGCCUCCAGCCAUCGGCUGCGCUGGUUACACUCAGAGCUCUGUCUACACGUCAACCCAACACAAACACUGGAGGAGAAUCACCGUCUACCUGCCCAGUGCUGCUAAUUCCCCCAGAACUCGGUUCCGUUGGAUCCAGACCCACUUCACCCCAGGAGCAGAGGGAUGGGCGUUAGAUAAUGUGUUGCUUGCCCCCGGUUGCCCAUGGAUGUGCUCUGGACAUGGGCUGUGUGACAAUGGACGCUGUGUAUGUGAUAAAGGGUACGGAGGAGCGCACUGUGUACCUUUGUCUCCGCUGCCGUCGGUGCUAAGGGAAGACUUUAAUGAGAAUCUGCAACAGGAGACCUGGCCUGAAGUUUAUGGAGCAGAGAGAGGGACCCUCAGUGGGGAGCCACUUAAAUCUGGCACUGCUCUUAUUUUCAAAGGAGAUGGACUUCGUAUGAUUGUUUCAAGGGACCUAGACUGCUCUAACACUCUCUACAUCCAGUUCUCUUUCAAGUUUAUAACCAAAGGAGUCCCGGAGCGCUCCCACUCGGUGCUGUUGCAGUACUCUGUAAAUGGAGGAAUCAGCUGGCUCCUGCUGGAUGAGUUUUACUUCCCAGCUUCCACAGACACUCUGUUCCUCCACUUGCCUCUGCCAGCCAGUGCUCAGACCAAUGCCACCCGUUUCAGACUGUGGCAGCCUUACAACAGUGGUAAAAAGGAAGAGGUGUGGGUGAUAGAUGAUCUCAUCAUUGACGGGAGCUCCAUACACAAACCACCGAUGGUAAUCGACACUUUUGAGGAAGGCCCCAAUGAGGAGAACUGGCUUUUCUACCCUGGUGGAAACACUGGCCUCUACUGCCCCUACCAGAAGUCCGGCCUGGAAGAGGAUGAGUCAGCCAUGGUGUUCAUCUCCAGUGAGCUUGGAGAACACUCUAUCACCACCAGGGACAUUGACGUCAAUGAGAACACCAUCAUCCAGUUUGAGAUCAACGUAGGCUGUACAACUGAGAGCUCCUCGGUGCACCCAGUACGCUUGGAGUUUUCCCGAGACUUUGGAGCUACUUGGCACCUUUUGGUGCCGCUGUGCGCUGGCGGUCCUCAGCCCUCCUCCCUUUGCUCUACAGAACUUCAUCCUGCCAGCGUAUAUUUCCCCGGGACUACACAUGGCUGGAGGAGAGAGUUAAUCCAUGUUGGCAAGUUUCGCCUGUGUGGGUCAAUAAGGUUCCGCUGGUUUCAAGGUUUCUUCUCAGCUGGUUCUGCUCCUCCAACAUGGGCACUAGAUAACGUGUACAUAGGCCCACAGUGUCAGGACAUGUGUAAUGGUCAUGGGGCAUGUGUGAGCGGCACUCAUUGCGUCUGUGACCCUGGUUUCUCUGGACCGGACUGCUCUCUGCCCGAUACCCCCAAUCCAGACUUCCUUAAGGAGGACUUUGAAGGAGGAGCGGUGGAUGCUGAGCAUUUCACACUUCUGAGUGGAGGUAAACCAUCCAGGAAAUGUGGCAUCAUGUCCAGUGGAAACCACCUGUUCUUUAGCGAGGACGGUCUACGCAUGUUGGUUACAAAUGACAUGGACCUCUCAAAUGCAAGGUUUGUUCAGUUCUUCCUCCGUCUCGGAUGUGGCAAAGCGGCACCGGACCCUCGUUCUCAGCCUGUGCUGCUGCAGUUCUCUGUGGAUGGAGGUCUAACCUGGGGGCUCCUGCAGGAGUUUCUCUUCAGUAAUACCAGUAAUCAGGCUCGACUGGUGGCCUUGGAGAUCCCGCUGCGUGCCAGAACCACAGCUACCCGUCUGCGCUGGUGGCAGCCGUCUGAAAAUGGGCAUUUUUACAGCCCAUGGGUCAUAGAUCAGGUGGUAGUGGGUGGUAGUGCUAGUGGCUGGGGACCACUCGAAGAUGAUUUCUCCUCUAUCGACGGACGCUCAUGGCUUCUCCACCCUGGUGGAACCCGAAUGCCAGUCUGUGGCUCUGACGGGCCUGCGUUCGCAUUCAUUGAGAAGUCUAACACACGAUAUGCUGUCACUACUGACAUUAGUUUGGGCCAAGAUGCUUUCAUCCAGUUCGACUUUUCUGCAUCCUGCUCUGUCACUAAUUCUUGCUACUCUGUGGAGUUGGAGUAUUCUCUGGAUUUGGGUCUGACUUGGCACCCUUUGGUCCGGGACUGCCUGCCUACAAGUCCAGACUGCUCCUCCUACACUUUGCAGCGGAUUCUAGUUUCAGACGUCUACAACAAGUGGGGCCGCGUCACUUUGUCUAUUCCAUUAUAUGCAAGAUCUCCAGCCACAAGGUUCCGCUGGUUCCAACAGGCUCCCUUUGAUAAGCAGCAGACAUGGGCUCUGGAUAAUCUCUACAUUGGUGACGGUUGUCCUGACAUGUGUUCUGGACAUGGACGCUGCCAACAGAGCUCCUGUGUAUGUGACCCAGAGUGGGGAGGAGAGUAUUGUGACGAGCCGGUGCUUCCUCUGCCGUCUCAGCUGAAGGACAGCUUCAGUCGAGCUCCCUCACUCAGUCACUGGCACAUCCUCACCGGUGGGAAGCUCAGCUCUGUGUGUGGAGCUGUGGCUUCUGGAGCUGCCCUGCACUUCAGUGGGUCUUGUACCCGUCAGCUGGUGACAGUGGACCUAAACCUGACAAAUGCAGAGUUCAUCCAGUUCUACUUUAUGUAUGGCUGCAUGAUCCCUCCCAGCAAUCGCAACCAGGGUGUCCUCCUAGAGUACAGCUUGAAUGGGGGAAUUAACUGGCAUUUACUGACAGAGAUAUUCUAUGAUCUCUACACCAAACCUGGCUUUGUAAAUGUGCUACUGCCCCCUGCUGCACGUCAGGAAGGAGUGCGGGUGCGCUGGUGGCAGCCACAGCAUGAUGGUGCAGACCGAAGCGACUGGGCCCUUGAUAACGUCCUGAUCGCAGGCUCAGACCCAAGGUUCCAGAUCUCUGACACAUUCGGAGGGGUGGCUCUGCCUAACCAUGAAAGAGCUCCUGCCGAUGAAACGUCAGGGAGGGUUGGUCAGCUGAAUGAACAGGGAGAAACACCAAUAGUGAGCGAUCAUUGGCUUUUCUCUGAGGACUGCUCUGUGCAGCGCUUCUGCAACUCUCCUGAUGGGGUGAUGGUGUGUGGAAAUGCUGAUGGUAGAGAAGUUUAUGCAGUCACACAUGAUAUUGUUCCAGACAAAGGCUGGGUCAUGCAGUUCAAGAUUGCUGUGGGCUGCAGUGUUCCAGACCGACCGGCUGAUCGACAGGUUCACGUUCAGUAUUCAGUCGAUUUCGGAGUCACAUGGAAGUACCUGGUCCCUCAGUGCCUGCCUGCUGACCCCCGCUGUGGUGGUCAGGUGUCCCAGCCUUCAGUCUUCUUCCCUGCUGAGAGCUGGAAAAGGGCAGUCUAUCCGCUGCCAGACAGCCUGGCUGAAACUGCAGUGCGAUUUCGGUUUUACCAGCAGCACUCUGACAUUCAGUGGGGGGUAGAGAACCUGUACAUCGGCCCGCCUUGCAACAGCCACUGUGGAGGACAUGGAGACUGUUUGGAUCAGCGCUGCAUUUGUGAUCCAGGAUUCACAGGACCAAACUGUUAUGCCAGUUCUGCACUUAAGGCAUCUUUGAAGGAGCGCUUUGACUGGGAAGGAGCAGCAGGACCUCAGUGGCAGGUGCUGGAGGGUGGGAAGCCCUGCACUGACUGUGGAGUGCUGGUGGAAGGCACCGCUCUGUAUUUUGGAGGAGCUGAUGCCAGACAGGCUGUCACUGCGGAUCUAGACCUCCGGGGGGCAAAGUUUGUGGAAUACUGGGCCAGAAUUGGAAGUGAAGACAACAUGACUAUGUGCCAUCGCCCCACUUGCCGCAAAGAGGGGGUGUUGCUGGAUUACUCCACUGAUGGAGGUGUGUCGUGGACACUGCUACAUGAGAUGGAUUACCUCAAAUAUGUGUCAGUGAGGAGAGAUUAUAUUGUUCUACCAGAGGGGGCUCUAACUAACGCUACACGCCUGCGAUGGUGGCAGCCUUUCACCAUCUCUUCAGGCUUGGCUACCCCAAGCCUAGAAAGAGCUCAGUGGGCAAUAGACAACAUCUUGGUUGGAGGAUCCGACAUCAAUCCAUCCACACUUCUGGACACCUUUGAUGAUGAGGGCGUUUCUCAUGAAGAAAGCUGGAGCUUCUAUCCUAACGCCGUGCGCACCGCUGGCUUCUGUGGAAAUCCCUCAUUUCACCUCUACUGGCCAAACAAAAACCAAGACAGGACACAUAACAUCCUCGCUACCCAAGAGCUUAUAGUGCAGCCCGGAUAUAUUUUACAGUUCAAAAUCGUGGUUGGCUGUGAGGCAGACACAUGUGAUGACCAUCACUCUGUCCUGCUACAGUACAGAAAAGACGCACGGUCUGAUUCAUGGCAGCUGGUCCAGUCCGAGUGUCUCCCGUCCUCCAUAAACAAUGCAGGCUGCUCCCCCUUCCAGUUUCACGAAUCCACAAUCUACAGUCCAGUGAACAGCUCAACAUGGACACGGGUCACAGUCCAGCUGCCAGAUCACGUCUCCUCAGGAGCUACCCAGUUCCGCUGGAUUCAGAAGGAAGGAACGGGAGAGAGGCAUAGCUGGGGAGUGGAUAAUGUUUACAUCGGAGAGGCAUGCCCAGGGCUCUGUAGUGGCCAUGGAUACUGCACAAGUGGAUUGGUCUGCAUCUGUGAUGAGGGAUACCACGGUGAUGACUGCUCCCUCUCAAGCACAGAGCUGCCAAGCUCCAUCAAAGAUAACUUUGAAUCUGGUGCGGUGUCUCCAGAGAGUUGGCAGCUUAUCGACGGCGGUGGAGUGGGCAGCGGCUGUGGGCAGCUGUCCCCUCAUGCUCACGGAGACUCGCUCUACUUUAGUGGCUGUAAGCUGAGGCAGGCAGUUACCAAACCGCUGGACCUCACUAGAGCCAGUAAGAUCAUGUUUGUGCUGCAAAUCGGCAGCGUGGCACAAACAGACAGCUGCAACGUAGCGCUGGAUCAGGCCGACACAAUGGACCGGGCCGUGCUGCUGCAGUACAGUGUCAACAAUGGAGUCAGCUGGCAUGUUAUUGCCCAGCAUCAGCCCAAAGACUUCAUAAAAGCCCAGAGAGUUUCCUACAACAUUCCACUGGAAGCGAGGGUUCAAGGGGUGAUGCUGAGAUGGUGGCAGCCAAGACACGAUGGUGCAGGACAUGACCAGUGGGCGUUGGACCAUGUGGAAGUAGUUCUUGUCAGCACGCGUAAACAAAACUACAUGAUGAGCUUUGCCAGACAGACCGGGAUGCGUCACUACUACAGCCGCAAGCGGCGGGCACUGCAGCAGCAAGCCUGAAUUACCCCCACCCUCAAGAAGGGAUCUCUGAGCAGCCAAUCACACAUCACCCUGCCUUGCACAUCCCUAUCCUCCUGACCGCAUAUCACCCUGUUGUGACCCGUCCAUCGGUGGAUUCUCUCUUUCCAUUCGCCGCCACAUUCUUCACCGAGCCGUGGCUUUCUCCACCAAACAGAUCGGCAAGAAUCAUACUUCUACUAGCAAAGGACUAAAGCAGACAUUUGGUUUACUUUCAUGUUCCAGAAAAGACCGUCCAUUUUUCUAUUUUGUUUUCGUUAUUGUUGCCGUCUUUCCUUGAGAUCCUAAUACCACAUGCGGUACCCCUCCCUCAGGCCACCUCCAUCACCUUUUUCCCUCUUUUCCUACCACACUGUGAAAUUAUAAGAUGAUAUAUCACUGCUGAACUUACCAGCUGGUUGGAAGGUAGCCUCCCAGUUCCACUGAGCCACCGAGGGAGAGGGAGGGCCCCUCCAAAGCUGCCAAACAGUAUGCCAGGAGGACACACAGCGACCAUAAGGAGGAAUUACAAAGAAGAAACUUCAAAAAGGCAAACGAAAAAAAGAGCAAAAAGAUGAAAAACAAGAAAAAAAUACAGUGUUCUUGGUGUUCUGUGUGUUUGUGGAUUAAUUUUGUGAUAAGUUGAUAAGUGGUGUUCCGUUUGUUUGUUCGUUUUCUACUAAUUCAUAUGAUAUUAUGUGGGGGGGGGGGGCGGGGGUGACUGGGGAUAAGCUGGGUUUUGUUUCCCUUCUCAUUUUCUUUUUUUUUUUUGUCGUCUUUGGUUAAAGUGUGAGCAAGGAGCACAAAACCUCAACAACCAGAGAAGGAAGGAAAAGAUUUGCACGAAAAUGAAAAAAAUAAAUUAUGGGAAAUAAAUUAAGACUGAUUUUUUUUUUUUAUCUUUCUUUUUUAUAUAUAUAUUGAUUUUCAAAAAUACAGAUAUUUAUGGUAAAUGAUUCUUCACCUAACCUAUUUAAGAUGCACUGUGCGUGAAAUCUGUAUGUUAUUUUCAAGUGUUAAGUUAUUAAACAGUCGAGUCAGGCUCUCGGACAGCAACAUCUCCCCUCUUCCUUCUCUUUCCUCUAUAAUUGUGCCGUUUCCUCCCAUAUUCCUCUCUCUCUAUGCCGAUUUCUGUAAACCUGGAGGUGAGGCUCUACUAGUGUUGUUUUUGGAAGUCUGUGUAAUAUGGACCCUCUGCCCUCCGUGUAACUCCAGUAUAGCAAUCUCCUGUAUAUAUAUGUAUAUCCACUAUGGGGAGACCCAGCAGCCUUAUUAAAGGGAAAUAAAGAACUGUUGAACCUCAAAA